GAAGCAAAGCAGGAAGGCAUUUCACAAAUAGCCUAGCCCACACAGUAGUGAGGCAGGCCAGGACUAAGGCUUUGCUUGGCAAUUAUCUUGGUGAGUGGAGAUUCAAGAUCAACAUGGCUGUGGCAGCAAAAUCAAGUCAUAUCAUACCAAGUGAGGAUGUUAGCAAUUUCCCUGAAGUUAUUGAACUCAAUGUAGGUGGCCAGGUAUAUAUAACUCGUUAUCCUACUUUGGUCAACAUUCCUGGUUCCUUGCUCUGGGAAAUGUUCAGUAAAAAGAGUCCUUGCUUGAUCCAGGACAACAAAGGGAGAUUCUUCAUAGAUCGAGAUGGAUUUCUGUUUCGUUAUGUCCUAGAUUACAUGAGAGACCUGCAAGUAGUACUUCCUGACCACUUUCCCGAGUGUGGUCGGCUUCAGAGAGAAGCAGAGUACUUUAAGUUACCAGAACUGGCCAAAUCGUUGGCUCUUAAACUGAACAAGCAUAGCUCAUUUGGUGAUGAUCUGUGUGACCUACAAGAGCUCUCCGCCAGCAUUGACACCAUGUCUAAUCUCUCUUCAAGCAAUACCAAUCAUAUUAGUUUCCCUGAUAAUCCCCUACUUCUGACAAGUUCUACAAGUUCAGAUCUCAAGAAGGCAGGCUUCAUCACUAUUGGCUAUCGAGGCUCUUAUACACUGGGGAGAGACAGCCAAACAGAUGCCAAAUUCCGUCGUGUGGCCCGAAUCAUGGUGUGUGGAAAGAUAUCAUUGGCUAAAGAAGUUUUUGGAGAGACUCUGAAUGAGAGCAGAGACCCUGACCGUCCUCCUGAGCGAUACACUUCUCGAUACUACCUUAAGUUCACUUUUCUUGAACAAGCCUUUGACAAACUAGCAGAUGCUGGCUUCCACAUGGUAGCAUGCAAUUCCACUGGCACCUGCACUGCCAUGCAUGACCAGACAGAAGACAAGAUAUGGACCUCUUAUACUGAGUAUGUUUUCUAUCGCGAGUGACACCUAAAAAAUUUCUCAGAAAAUACAAUCACAAACUACUCCUCCUCCACAUUAAUCAACCUUGGAUCUUGAGACUUCUAUGUAAUCUUGGACAAUGUCACUCUCUUUACCAUAACCGACUGAACAUUUUUUUGGUUUUGUCUUUCAGGGGCUUUCAUAUACAUUCACCCAUUAUAUAUGGCUUACAACCUGCUCUGGAUGGUAAAAUAGAUGCCAGAUUCCAUUUGAAGAAAAGUAUUCAAUUAAGGCAUAUGUAUACAAGCACAUCACUAUAAAUUGUGUGUGUGUGUGUGUGUGUGUGUGUGUGUGUGUGUGUGUGUGUGUGUGAAAUUUUCUUAUGUACCUUUUCAUUUGUAUGGACCUAGGUAAAGUCUUGCAUUCCUCAUUCAAAACUAGGAAUUACACACAAACACACUCCCUCACUCACUUGCUAUUGUUUUUUUCAGACUGAAUAAAAGAUGUUGACAGCAGUCUACUAGGAGGUGCAUAGUAAGAUGUACAUUUCUAAAAUUAUUAAUUACUUGUAAUAUAAGGAUUUUACUUUGAAAAAACACUAAAAAUGAGUACAAUAACUAUUGUCUCAAGCAUAACCAUCUAUGCCAUUUACCAAAACUGUCCUAAAAUAUCUCUUAAAGUUGAAAUGAAAGCACACAUAUAUAAAAGGAUAAGCAAAGAAUUCUUUUAUGUAAAUACAUUUAUCUAUUAUUUUAGAUAUUGCUGGUUAAAUAGUUGUAUGAAUAUGUCAGUUUUUGACAUUUUUUAUUUCUUAACAAGAAGUGUGUGGGUGGGUUGAGUAUCUUGGAAUAGGAGAAGGCAGUAAAAAAAGAGGACACUCGAAAUUUCCAAAUAAAUCAAGAUUCAUCUUCUGA